AUGGUGCCGGGCAGGUGUGCUCAACGGUUCACCAAAAUCGAUGACUUGUUGGAGGUUCUUCAUGUGUGCCGAAAACUUGGUUCCUGGGAGUUGGCGCUUAGAUUUUGGAGCAGGUUUCAGCUUGAGUUACCUCAUGCAUCCACAACGAAUGUUUGUAUCGCGGCAUGUGGCGAAAAUCAAGCCUGGAGCUACUCUGUGCUAGUCUUCGAUGGUAUGAUGUCAACCGGCGUGCAGCCGGACAUUAGUUCGCACAAUGCAAUCGCGAAUGUUUGCAGCAGGAUAGUGGAAGUGGGAUGGCAGCGUGCCCUCUACACCUUGAAGGAGGGCGAGUCUAACCUCUUGGACUUGGACUGUGUCAGUUUGAACACAUUGGCAGGUAUGCUGGACUGGAGUUUUUCAGUCGCGUGUGUUUCCCGAAUGCGCCACCUUGGCCUUGUGCCGGAUGCGGUUUCUUGGACCUCUGCGACAGCUGCAGCUGCUCGCAGCAGCGGGUGGCACCGGGCGACCACCAUCGCCAGAGCUGGGGCCGAGCAUAUCGAGGCCAAAACCGGUCCUUCUCCGUACGCUGCUGCAUCAAUUCCUGGAUAUGCCCGGAAUGGGCGCUGGGAGGAUGCUGUGCUGGUUGCUGACGAGAUUUGUCGUGAAGGUGACGGAGUGAGCGAUGCCGUGGUGAAUGGUGCCAUAAGUGAAAGGGGUGAGGACACGAGACGUACCAGGAACCCCAAGUAUGUGGGCACGCUCGGGUUGGGAUGUUUUCACGUACAGUGCGUGGAUCUCAAGCUGUACCGCGGCUGCUCUUUGGCAGGCCUUCCCCGGCAAUUCCUAGACUCUUUACUGGGUGGGCCUACCGAUGCCCUCCCCGCCAAAACAAUCUACACUCAGAUCUAUCCAAGUGUUUUUCAGGUAUGGCAAACUAACCGAACCUACUUUCACAGUGUUCUUAUGCUGGCUUUCACGGAUGAAGUGACAUCGAAAGAGCCCGAACCACAACUUCUCACGGAGAGGGAGGCUUUGUUCCGAAUGGCGACAGGAGCGGCUUUGCUGUGGGUUGCGGCGAUGGACUUGCUCGAGGCUGGUGGCCCCUGGCCCCCGGCUGCGGGAGAUGAGACCUGGAAUGCGAACUGCUGGGCGGAUGAGUCGGCUUCCAUUCCGGCAGCUGGGUGCAGCUACCAAGAGACUGGCCCGUCCUUGCCGGAGGACAAUGACGAAAGAGUCCGUAAGAGUGCAUGUGAGCAUCGCCCGUUGGACCUGCGCCGGGAAGCGUGUGGAAGCGUCAACGUCAGGGGCGUCAAAGGGGAUUCUGGAAGUGAAGUGGAGAACGGAACAGUCGCCAUCAGUAUCGUUCUUGAAGUGAUGCAGCUCAGAGAGGUUGCAGAAGAGGAGCCAGAGAUCUUAUUCAAGAACUUGUGGACGCAAAAUUUCUUCCUUCACAACUCCAGUCUGUUCUUUUGUUUGCUGGUUCGUUGGACUGGUCAACCUGUGCGAGUUCGUCAGCGGAGCAGUUACCGAGGGCCAAGGCUUCAUGGCAUGAAUACAGACAUGAAGCAAGAUGUCCCAGAGAGCAUGCCGGCAAAAUGCCGGGAGACUAUCAUCAACACUCGGCAGUGUGUGAGGCCAGCGGUGAGUCAAUGCGCAAAGCUUCGAACCAAGAUGACGGAGUUCCAGCAGCACCGCAUAUCGGAAGACCAGAAUCGAUGGGCAUUGAUAAAUUUGGCUUGCCCGUUGCACCAUCUGAUGCGUCGCUUCUAUAUCGAAACAUGUCUGUCGGGCCCUUACUUCAAUGUCCAGAACCCUACGGACAAAAUGGUGGGAGAGGUCGAGCCAUCCGAAGGACUGCAAGCCUUGGCGACCCAGGCAGCUUCGACCAAAGCAUGGGCAUCACUUUCGGUUUGGCCGUAA